UGUACAGUGGGAUGAAGUAAGAAAAAUAAAUGAGUAAUAUUUUAAUAGGCUUUGAAAUUUUGUUUUCAGAAACGUAAAAAAUGUACAGUUAGAUGUCCAUUUGACCGAAUCGGCAGUAAUUGUUAGAUAUGAGUUCAACGAAUCAAGUAAGUGGAAAAUUUUAUUUAGUGUUCGUUUGAAAGACUUAACUGAAGAUACUGAGAUUUCUGCUCUCGCAGAGUACGUAAUCAAGUGCUGUCCUUUUAUACCAGGACGUCGAAUACCGGAACUUGAGCAAAUUUUGUACUACGUACAGAAACGUCAGAAAGGAGCAACAGUAGUUUGUUGUGCUUCCAAAUCUACAUCAUCAAGUGCAGCUAACAUGGAUAACAUCGAGUUACAGGACUAUAUUGAAAUGCUGUACGAAGAAAUUGCCGAUAAAAUCAAAGGGACAGCCUGUAUUCUUCAGUUGAGCAACAGUGCAUUUAAUGUAAAAGGUUUAGUUGAAAACGAAACUCUGACUGGCGCAUUGACUCGAGUGCUAAAAGAUGAUUGGAAAAAGUCUUAUGAAUUAGCAACUAAUAUUGUUUCGAUAUUCUACAACUUUUCUCUUUAUUCGGACUUCCAUUCUAUACUUGCUCAGCACAAAAUUGGCACUUUAUGUAUGCAAGUAAUUGAUUAUGAAUUGAAGCACUGGAAUGGUCUUGAUACUGAAUGGCACAAACGCAAUGAUCGAAAUUCUUUAAAAAGUGACUCAGUUCCAUACAAACAGCAAGCUCUAGUUGCAGUUUGUUUCAACCUUCUAAUGGACCUCGCAGAAGAUGUGAAAGUUGAGUUGAAAAUGGUGAAUCGAAAUCUUGUCAGUAUGUUGGCAGAGUGUGUCGCUGAAAAAGAAGCUUCACCGGAGCUUUUAAUAGCUGUCACGAAGUUUCUACUUAAGCUUAGCAUUUUUGCUGAGAACCAGCAAGUAAUGGUCAAUGCUCGUAUUGUUGAAAGACUUGCAAAUCUUUUCCCUAUUCAAAAUGAGAAACUUCGGAACACCGUUUUUCGACUGCUUUUUAACCUCUCUUUUGAUGCCUCUUCGAGAAAUCAAAUGGUAGCUGCCGGGCUUGUUUCACAUGUCGCUUCGUUUAUUGACAAAAAUGACUAUUCUUUGAACUUAAUGUAUCAUUUGAGCAUGAAUGACGAUGCAAAAGCGAUGAUUGCGUAUACUGAUGUAAUACAAGCCUUAAUGAGACGGGUAGUGAGCGGUACAUCAUCUGAAGUGUCUAAGGGACUUCUUUUGAACAUUGCUCUGGAAAAGCGCAAUGCACAGUUGAUAUGUGGUUCUGAUGGUAGUGGGUUAGAUGUUAUUGCAACCACUGCACUUGCAAAUACCGAUCACGUAUUGAUUAAAGUUUUAAGAAAUAUAGCCUCGCAUUCAGGACCUUCUCAGCUUUUUUUCUCGAAAUGGGCACACCAGUUGUUAGAGACCGCUGUUAAUAAAACAGAAGACGAAAACUUGGGGUACGCAAUUGAUUGUUUGGGGACUGUAAAUCUGAUAAAUAGUUUGCCUUGGGAUAAAUUAGCGGAAGAAUUGUCUCUUUUACCUUGGGUCGAAAGCGCUAUUUCAGUUGAGAGGGAGCCAAGAUUCUUCCCUGACUUUAUUCUUCAAAUAGUUAUAUUGUGUGGCACCAUGGCCCGACAGCUGGAAGUGGCUCGAAUGCUGGUGCCUCUAGUCGGUCGCUUUAUUGAUUUACUUUCCGCUCAGCAAGAGGACGAUGAGAUGGUGGUACAAAUUAUUUAUCUGUUCUACACGCUAAUCACUCAUGAAGAAUUAAGCGAAAGUUUAAUUGGUGGUGGAGCUCAGAUUGCUGCUUAUCUUCUGGAUCUUAUGCAUGAUAGAAAUCUUCCAAUCAGAUCUCUUUGUGACGCUGCGCUUACUAUCAUUGCGGAUCGUAGUGAAGAAUGGGCGAGAAAGAUGGAUGUUGAACGCUUCCGGUGGCAUAAUGCUCAGUGGUUGGAAAUGGUCUCUGAUGCUAAUGGUGUUGCAUCGCGUGAUUCUACUUUAUCAGGCUCGCCAGAUCCAUCCAACAUCUUUGGAGCAGAAGAGCUGCUUGAUGAAUCAGAAAUAUUUAGUCCUAAUGAAAGAUUCGGACAAAACUUCUAG